AUGGUAACCGAGUUUGUGAAGCAGUUUCUUACACUGUCAAAGCCGCCAAAAUUUCUGUUUGCAUGUUGUAGGAAUCCUCCUGCAGCGACAACUUUGAACGAGAUUGCAAAGUCAAAUUCAUCUGUAUAUGUUGUUGAACUAGAUGUCACUAAACAAGAGACAAUAGAGAAAGCCAAGUCUCACGUUGCGUCAAUAGUUGGGCCUGAAGGUUUAAAUCUUCUUAUCAACAAUAGUGGUUUAGUAAAUGCUCAGCGUAUUGGAGAUGUGACCAGGGAAGAUAUGGCUAAAUGUUACGAAGUUAAUGCUAUUGGUCCGUUAAUGGUAGCUCAGACAUUUUUACCACUGUUUCGACAAGCUGCUGGUCAACAGUCUUCAGAGCCAAUGUCAUGUAGUAAAGCUGCUAUCAUCAAUAUAUCAACUGGUGUAGCUUCUAUCACUGAAGUUCAUCAGGGGGAAUGUAUGCGUACAGAGCGUCAAAG